AUCACGAAAACGCGUUCGACGUCACCGGCAGCGAUGGCGCCUCGGUGGCAGGAGUGGCCUUAAGCCCUCUCCCAUCGCCCUUCCAGUUUGUUUUUAUACGUCGGGGUGUGUGUGCGUUCUUUGUUGUUGCUUGUAAAUAACCACGUAGAAGACAACUCUCUGUAAAUACGCGCCGAUUUAUAUUCGUUACGGCGAGGCGAGUGCGCUCCCGAUUUUAAAUGGGAGGCCUUUCCUUAUCAAGAUUCGCUCUUCUUCUGCCGCUGCUGCUGCUGCUCGCCAUCGUCACGUCGGCGGUCGGUGCCACCCUGCAGAGGCACGAGCGACGUCUCCUCAGGGACCAAGUUUUGGAGAUGUUUGACCAUGCCUAUGGCAGCUACAUGAGGUACGCGUACCCGGCCGACGAGCUGAUGCCCCUCAGCUGUCGCGGCCGUGAGAGAGGCAAGGAGCCCAGCCGGGGGGAUGUGGACGACGCCCUGGGGAAGUUUUCCUUGACGCUUAUUGACUCUUUGGAUACCCUUGUGGUGCUGAACCGUCUCGAUGAGUUUGAAGACGCGGUGCGCAUGGUCGUGCUGGACACACGGCUCGACCACGACGUCGUCGUCUCCGUCUUCGAGACCAACAUUCGCGUGCUUGGCGGGCUGCUGGGUGGGCAUGUGAUGGCUAUCAUGCUGCAGGAGAAGGGCGAGCGCAUGCAGUGGUACAGCGGGGAGCUGCUGCACAUGGCAAAGGAGGUUGGCUAUCGCCUGCUGCCGGCUUUCAACACCUCCAGCGGCCUGCCCUACCCACGAGUGAACCUCAAGCACGGCAUGGUGCGGCCGCAGUCCAGAACGGGUGUGGAGGUGGACACGUGUACGGCGUGCGCGGGCACCAUGCUGCUGGAGUUUGCCGCUCUCAGCCGCCUCACAGGGGACUCCGUGUUUGAGGAUCAUGCACGCAGGGCCAUGGAUUUUCUGUGGGACAAGAGGCAGAGAGGCAGCAACCUGGUGGGCACAGUCAUCAACAUCCACACGGGUGACUGGGUGCGGCGAGACAGUGGCGUAGGAGCGGGAAUCGACUCGUACUACGAGUACCUGUUCAAGGCUUACAUCUUACUGGGCGAUGACACCUUCCUGGAACGAUUCAACAUUCACUACGAAGCCAUCAUGAAGUACAUCAGCCAGCCGCCACUCCUUCUGGAUGUCCAUAUGCACAAGCCGACGCUGAAUGCCAAGACGUGGAUGGACGCCCUACUCGCAUUCUUCCCUGGUCUGCAGGUGCUCAAAGGGGACAUCAGGCCAGCCAUCGAGACCCAUGAGAUGCUGUACCAGGUGACACGGCGACACAACUUCCUCCCAGAGGCCUUCACCACCGACUUCCGCGUUCACUGGGGCCAGCACCCACUGAGGCCGGAGUUUGCCGAGAGCACUUACUUCCUGUUCAAGGCAACAGGUGAUCCCUAUUAUCUGGAAGUUGGCAAGUCCAUCGUGGAGAACUUGAACAAGCUAGCACGCGUGCCGUGUGGAUUUGCCGCGAUGAAGGACGUCAGGACCAAUAGCCAUGAGGACCGUAUGGACUCGUUUUUCCUGGCCGAGAUGUUCAAGUACCUGUACCUGCUAUUUGCGGAGAAAGAGGACCUGGUGUUUGACAUCGAGGCCUACGUCUUCACCACGGAGGCUCACCUGCUGCCCCUCUCAUUGUCAGUCAGCAACGCCAACAACAGCCGCAACAGCACGGGCAAUGCGUUCACCCAUUCGGACGAUGGAAGCUCCGACUGGGCUUGCCCCAACUCGCAGGUGCUCUUCCCAAAUGACCCCACCUUUGCUCAGACGCUCCGCGAGCCGUUCAAGAACGUCGUGGAUGAAGUUUGUCCAAAGCCAAAGCAGCAACAGGAUUCUCCGUCCCUGCCGGCAGCCAGCCCUGGGACUGAACCUCCUCUCCGGGCGCGAGACUUCCUGGCCACCAACCAGGAGCACGUGGACCUCCUCAAGAAGAUGGGCAUCAACAUCAUUCAGCUGCCGGACGGGAGGGUGCAGCUCGUGCAUCACGCUUCUCAGGCUGCAAACUCGCGGGACGCGGCGGACGGCCUCCGCUUCAUGCAGGAGAUGAUGGACCUGUCCAACCAGCAGAAGGAGGACCUGCCGCCCCGCGUCGUGCAGAUCAUGUCUCCCCCGUUUCUCGGGCGGAUGGUUUUGACUGCUGGGCCUGCGCAGUUCGGAGUGGACCUUGCCAUUGUGGAAAAAGGGGUGCAAGCGCUGGUGGCGGUGGGCGAGCCCUUCAGCGGAUGCUCGGAGUUGGUGAACGGCGACGCCGUCGUAGGAAAGAUCGCGCUGCUGCAGCGGGGCCAGUGCAUGUUCGCGGAGAAGGCGCGCAACGUGCAGCUCGCAGGCGGCGUCGGAACCAUUAUCAUUGAUGACACAGAGGGCAGCAGCAGCGACACGGCACCGUUCUUCCAGAUGGCGGGUGACGGCAAGAGCACGGACGAUGUGGGCGUUCCUCUGCUCUUCCUCUUCCACAAGGAGGGACGCAUCCUGCUUGAGGCCCUGGCCCGGGGCCCGCUCGAGGUUCUCUUGGCGAGCCGUGCCCAGCCUCUCUGUGACAGCAAGGAAAAUCAGCAAGGGGAAAGUGACGAGCAGUCCGGAGAGAUUUUGGCGCAGUGUGAAAACCACCAACUCUCACGAACUCUGGACCUUGCCCAUGCGGCCAAUGCAGCGACCAACCCCAGCGAUGAUGGUGCACGGUCUGGCCAGCAAGAUCAGGAAUUACCCGCAGGGGACGCAGGGAGGCCCAGGAGAGAGUCCGAGGAAGACGAUGGUGAAAUUGACUCUUCUGAGAUAACCUGUGACGAGAGGCACGUGGCUUGUGAUACCGACACAGAUGGCGAUGGCACAAACGAAGGAGUAGGCGAUGGCGGUGGUGGCAGCUGUGACGGUGGAGGUUGUGGCGGUGAUCGUGGUGAUGCUGACGGUUCGGCAGAAGAGGUUGAUAGGAUAGAAUCAUCGAGUGAGGAGCUGGACUCGGACUCUGAGAAGGAUCCUACCGAGAAUCCAAGCGAUUCCGUGGGCAGUGACUGGACAGAGGAGUUAGAAGCUUUCGCGGAGUAUGCAAGAGACGAAUUAUGACACCUGCAAGGAACAUCGCGGUUUGCACAGGACCUUGUUUCCUAUAAUACUUACAACUGUUCCAAAUAAUGGUUUACCAUUGUAUCUCAGGGCUGUCUUAGGAUUUAAGGCUGGAUGCAAUGUUGCCACUGAUUGGUGGUAGAGAAAAGAAAUAGAGGAGAUAUUUUCUUUCUCAUCGGUGGUGACUUUGUAAGUAUUAUCUUCCAAUCUGAAUUAAGAGGUAACCGCGUGAUUCCCCCCCCCCCCACCCCGAAAGCAUUGUGUAUAAUAUUGUACAGUGCUCUUUGUAGCAUCGAAAAUGUGAUAAAAUAAAACGUGUAAAUUGAGUUUUUUGUUCCAGAUGAAAGAUGCAUUGAAAAGUAAAAAUUUUAAGUAAUGAGA